AUGACAGAAGACCAGCAUAAACUUGCAAUUGAAGCUAAUAUCAAGGUGUUUGACUCGAAGAUGGCCGAGGAUUACGAUAAGCGUGAUGCGAUGCAGUUUUUGAGUAUCUUCUUCGCCAAAUCUUUAUUGGAAUUUGAUGUAAGCAGUCCACGAAAGACCCCUGAAGAGUCAAAUAAAUUGAUCGGAGAUCCAGAACAGCCGUACAAUGGGUUCUCGCCAGAUAAGUCAUUGCCAGAUCCACAUACAUUCGGGACGCAAUUUCCCGGCAGUGUGUUCAAGCCAGGAAUGAAGAUGAUGGAUUUCGCAUGUGGAACAGGUAUACUUACUCAGUAUUUUGCUCCGUAUUUAGCUACAAAUUCGGAUCAGACGUCCGAUAUCAUUGGCGUUGACAUAAACUCAACCUUCUUGGCCAAGUAUAACGAAAAGGCCAGCCAUGUCAAUGCUACAUACGAUGGGGUCGCGAUGACAUCAUACUUGUGCGAUAUCUUGGACCCUACGGCACAGGAAGUAGUAUCUCAGUUUGAAGGUUCUAUGGAUCUUAUUACAUGUACGCUUUCUUACCAUCACAUAGACAACUACGAGAAAGUGACCCAGAAGUUGUCCACGUUUCUCAGACCUGGAGGGUGGUUGUUCAUUGUCGACUUCUACAACGAGGACGUUGAGACAUCUGUUUCCGCUACCAAAAGUGCAUCCGAAGCUGUCAGACACAUGGGUGGCUUGAAAGUCGACGCGCUCAACAAAACAUUGGGUGAAUAUUCCAAUCUCGCUAACGUUUCGAGUGCAAGAGAGGCCCGAGUGUACUUGUGGCAGGAACAGCCAUUUAUCGAGCACCACUUGCCCGACGAAAUCAACGAAAAAUUGAAAAAUAACCAGCUCAGAUCCAAAAUAUCCAAUGGAACAACCGUAUACUUGGUCGAGACCAGUUUGAUCUUGGCUAUUGGCCAGAAAAAGUAG